AAGCAGUUGGGGUUGGAGGGUAUAGUGGGUAUAUGGUAUGUGAUAAGUGUUGAAAAAUUCACAUUUUUAUAUCAAAUACUGCUCAUUAUCGAAUUGUUUCGUUCUGUAUUGAAUGCGGGAAUUUCUUAAGUUUAUGGAAAUCGCGCUCUCGUACAGAAAGAUUCUCUAGAAAAUUGGUGAAAAGAGUUGAAUUAUUCCAUGGGAAAAAGAAAUGUUCUCACGAUUCGUAAGACGAAAUGAGCGCACAAGGUCCAACCCUGGAGCAUGGUCAUGCAGUGGUCGUUUGGGAAUGGGAAAAUCGCCAAAGACGUUGGAGACCUUACAGUCCUGCCGUUUCGCAGCAUCUCGAAAGAGCACAUUACAAGAAACUUACUAGAGUCUUCCUCAGCGACGCGGAUCCCAGCCUCGAUAGAUAUUACAUCAAUUUAAAAACAAAAACGCAAUGCAGCGAAGAAGGUGACGAUACACAUCAAGUCCGGCGGAAAUUCUACCUUCCUGGCUCACCAGCAGGAAAAGGUGCAAAAUGGGAAUGGGCAGGAGAUACUGACGAUUGGCAUACAUAUGACAUGGAAGUGCAAUGCCUUAUAGAGGAGGCCUGGGCUAGGGGAGACAAGACUAUAGAUGUAUCAAAGACGUACUUGGGCUUCCCGUACAUUAUAAACUUCUGCAAUUUAACGCAGGUUCGUUCUUGCACGGGUUAUGUGAGACCAAUUCGUCGCAUACAGCAAGCGCCUUAUCCUUUGGUCAAAGUUUCUUUGGAAGAGCUUCAAAUAAAUUCCGGAGUAAGAGCUGCACCCGUUGGUUCACAACCUGCGAAUUCUAAAACAACACACAAAAAAGCGUCAAGCAAUAAUACUAAGAAAAGCAGCAAGAAAAAUAAAAAUGGGGAUACUGGAUCGACAAACAUAGCUCGAGUGAUCCUGAGCAACUUUAACAUAUUUGGCAGCAAACAUGGUGCAGAAAAUAAUAAUUCUGCAGAUGCAGUUACAUCUGACCAGAAGAAAAAUACAUGGGAUACAGUACUGGACGCAGAUUCUAGCAGCACAAAAAGUGGUAGGAGGCCGAGCGUGGAUACUGUUUCCACGUAUCUUAGUCAUGAAAACCCAGUCGACUUAUUGGAUAGUAGUGUAGGAAGUGACGAUGCAUAUAAGGACUCUGUAGUUGGAGUGGACAUGGCAUCCGAUGUGAUAUCGCAGUACGUGAAAGUCGUGGAAAGCGCUGGCACUGACUCGUGCCCCGUAUGUCUUGGCCUUCCUGAGCCCUUGACAGUAGAAUUGACACGUUGUAGACACAGAUUACAUUUGGCGUGCCUUAACGCUAUGUUAAAUACUCAGCAGCAUCCCAUGUAUAUUCAGUGUCCCGUAUGUAGAUUGAUAUACGGUGAGAAGAGAGGUAACCAGCCACCUGGAAGCAUGAACUGGACUAGAAUUCCACGCUCACUUCCUGGUUUCUCAAAUACAAAUACUAUCCAGAUUACUUACGAUAUUCCAUCUGGGAUCCAAGGACCGGAACAUCCUAAUCCAGGACAGAUGUACUAUGCAGUCGGAUUCCCGAGAGUUUGUUUUCUCCCAGAUAGUGAAUUUGGACGCAAGGUAUUAAGACUACUUCAAGUUGCUUUCGAAAGGAGACUGAUAUUCACCAUAGGACGAUCAGUAACCACUGGACGAGAAGAUGUAGUUACGUGGAACGAAAUCCAUCAUAAGACGGAGUUAGGGCCUUCUACCUCCGGACACGCGUAUCCAGACAAAAAUUAUUUGGAGCGCACAUUGGCAGAAUUAGCUGCUCAAGGCGUGACUGAUGUUCAUGCUUCUUCUAGUCUCUAUCAAGAACUGCACUAAUCUCCUUUUGGGAGACCAAGAUUUAUUUUAUUUACGACUCGUUUCCAUAAAUAUUUUGCAAUAUGCUGACAAAAACUGUUAUUUUAACGGUCUCUUUCUUCCGCCUAGACAUUAAAAUGAGCAAGUAGCCUAAAUUUUAAGUCAUACAUUACGGACGGAAAGAUUGGGUACAUUUACUUCAACCGUUCGAAAAUGCAUACUUAACGUAAAUGACGAAAAUUUGUGCAGAAACUGAAUCUACGACAUUGUAAGUAGAACUAUUUAAUAGAUUAAGAAAUUUCGCGUUGAAUCAGCCUACGGUGACAUUAUUUUAAUGAAUCAGUUUAAAAAUAUUUAGCUUGGACAAACUGAACAUUUUGAAAUCUUGAUUUUAACUGUUUGCCAAAUCUAGAAGUGUUCCUAAAAAUUUGGAAAAAUCAUCAAAUCAAUAGUAAAUCCUACAUUUGAAAUCUACAUCAAGAUGACGAUUAUAUAUUAUGUGAUUUUUAAAUAUUCAUAAAAAAUAUUUACUCGUACAAUAGAAAUUUUUGCGAGACAAAAUUCCGAAAUUUAAUUUUCGAGUUUGCAAAAAAAAAAUAAUAUAUCAAAGUCGAUCAAUAUUGAGAAUCGGUGCAUCGCACUUGAAAUUUUCCAUCUAAUUUCCGUGAAAAACUCUGAGUAAAACAUUUAAAAUAAGAGAAUUUUCUCAAAUGUAAUGGAAAUCUAACGACCUGACCUAGGGACUGGAGAGUUUCAGCAUCUUAAAAUAAGAAGUAAUGCGCGAAGUUGAUAAUUUUGAUAAAUUUUAAAUGGAGGAAAUAGGGAAAUUUAAAUUUUCAGCAUUAUUUAUUUUUCAGAAUGAAGAACUUUGCCUAGAUUUCCAUUACUUUUAAGAAAAUUGCAUAUAUCAUUUUGAAGGUUUUAUUCCAAGUAUCUCAUGCGAAUUACAUGGGAAAAUUCAAGUGCGAUGUGCGAGUUCUAAAUAUUAACCGAUUUUUUUCAAAAUCAUAUUUGCUCCUCAUAUAUUGAUCAAAAACUUUCGAUGUAAUAACCCUAACACUAGUGCAAUAUCACGUAACUCAUUAGUUCUGCCGUUGGCCUUCAUUUUGUCUAAUAGGAUUUCACGUACAAUUUGGACUCACUUUCACUCGGCAAUAUCGAAAGAGGGGAAAAUUAUUCAUGAAGUCAUAUUUCAGGCGGUUUUCUUCUCUACGAGAAGCAAAAGUAUCAACGAUAAAAUAUAGCAGGUGGUAAUAUUUGUUUAAAACAAAUUUGAUGUGAAAAAUCGGUCCUGCUCUUAACAGAUCAAAAGCAAUUUAAAAAAGACAAUUCUAUCGAGUUCGAAAAUAAUACAAAGUUCAUUGCUGAAUAAUGAAGAAGACUACAUUACUUAUUAAGUAUAAAAGUUAAAAACCAGUUCUUCCAGUAGUUUAGGUUUUGAUAGAAAGUUUUAGCGAAAUUAUUAAUAUGCGUGAAAAAAUAUUAUAGAAAAGUAUCCAGAAUUAUUUAGCCACUUGCGUUUUGUAAUCACAAAUUAUUCCAGGCAUAGCAAGGAACUAAUAGAUUUUAUUUCAUGUUACGCAGAUGCAUCUAUUCAAGUAGACAUGCCCUAUAUAUACGUAUAUAUAUAUAAUUUAAAAAAGGGCUAACAACCACCGCAGUGUCCCACUGGGAGCAACUGUCAUCUAUAAAAAUGGCUAUGGCUCCCAGUAGAAUCACGGUAAAUCUCUUCGAUAGCCACUGCUCACGACAAUGAGAUGGGUAUAUAUUUUUUACAGUGCAAGUCCGAUAACUUGCCAUCCGAUAAGUGUACGCUCUCCUUAAAACGCUAUCACAUGCACGACACGGACACUAAUUGUUGUUCACCCGUGUGCUAUUUUUCUUAUGAUGUGCGCCCAUGAUCUACGCAUUCGCGUACCUAAUAUUAUACUACUAGAGGGGGCAUCCGAUAAGUCCGCAAUUCCUGGAAUUUUCAGCCCCUACAGUCCCGAAGUUAGCAAAUUAUCGGACUUGGACUGUAUCUAGCAUAUAAUUAUUUACAAGUAUUAGCUAAGUUAUAUUAAGACUGCUCAGUAUUUGUUUACAAUAUACACUUUACAGGGUGGUUUUCAAAUGCUGCAAACAAAAUCUAAAACAGAUUAUUUUGAUCUAAUAUCUGGCCUUGCAUUUUUCUGUACCGAUUGAUAAACACUCUGUGCAGCAUAUCAAAGUUUAUCUGAAUAAGAAAUUUAUUGUGAAAUGUAUAUUUAUGUGUUUCUUUUUAGUCAAAGUUUUAUCCUCUUCUCCUGAUUGGGCAACCACUAUUUACAAUCAGUUUCAUAUGAUAAUUACAAGAUUUCGAAUAUCCACAGGUAAUAUUUCUCUAAUUUUGUCUUUGUGUUAUAUUUGCAAGGCUGGCUAUGUGAUUCAUUUUGACUACCAAUCUUUGUUGAGUCUAAAAAUAAAUACAUACACAGACAUUGCACCCGUGUCUUGUAAUACUAUCUGUAAAAAGUUUAAAAAAGAUGUGGUUGUACAGUGUGUCAAAAGAGGCGUCAUCUAGAAAAACAUAAAAAAUACUCUUCGCAGAAGUAACUAGAAUGUUAAAGAA